AUGUCAUUUCGAACUCUUCUAAAUGAGUUCACAUCUUUUGCAGCUAAAAUUGUAGCUGUAAAUUAUAAACGUGUUCGGACAAUGAAACACGCAUUUAUAGAAGGAGAAUACAUCCGGUGCUACGACAAGGGCAUGAUGUAUGUUGUUGAUGCUUUACGUGCACGAUGUGCUUGUGAGCGUUUCAAUGACUACAUGCUGCCCUGUGGUCAUAUUCUGUAUGCACAUUCUAAAGAUCUGAGUCAUGGAG